AUGAUUCAAACAAUCGGAUUCAUCGGAGUUGGCUUGAUAGGAAGCAGCCUUGCUCGCUUAGCAGUUGAUGCUGGAUACAAAGUGGUUUUGAGUAAUAGCAGAGAGCCUGCUUCGCUCGAGAGAAUGGUGGAACUAUUGGGUGGUGAAAAUGUUGCCUCAGCUGAUACCCCUCAAAAUAUCUGCAGCAAUGACAAUAUCAAGCUCGUUGUUCUUACUGUACCGCUCAAUGUAAUUCCAUCUUUGAUUCCAGCUCUUGGUGGCUUGAAAGACAAGAUUGUCGUUGACACCAACAACUAUUACCCUCACAGAGACGGUCAUGUUGAAGCUCUUGACUCCCGCAAGCUAAACACGGCCGAAUAUGUUGCCCAGUAUCUGGACAAGUCUGCUAAACAAAUCAAGGUCUUUAACAACAUAUGGGCCAUUCACAUUCAACCUGCUGCAAGCAGGGACUCGACAAACCAAACUUACCUCCCUGUAGCUGGUGAUGAUGUUGAAGCAAAGGGGCUUGUGAGAGAGUUUGUCAAGAGUAUCGGGUUUGGAACUGUCGAUGCGGGUUCGCUGAGAGAUAGUUGGAAAAUUGAACCAAAUACUCCCGUUUAUUGCAAACCAUACGCUCCAGUACUCCCAGAAGGUCUUACGGAACAAGAAGCUGUAAGAUAUUUUGGAUCUCAUGCUGCUGCUCCUCUCACUGAAGGCGAGCUUGUGUUGCUGGUAAGCGCCGCAACCGGAAACGAACCGGUGGGUGGGGUAUUUGAUCCCAACAGCAUAUCGAGUAGAGCUAUGAUUAAUAACUAUGCUCAUUAG